CGCCCCGGACGCUGCGUGCCCGCGCUCUUAGCUUUCCUCCUCCGCGGGCCGUUAUGGGCAAUUCGGAUUCCGGGGCGCGGACUUGAAAUCGGGCGAGCUAUUUGAGCAGUGUCACCACCAGCGAACUUCAUUUGGAUGGUUCCUCUCGCUUCAGCAUUCUGAUCAAGUUUUAAAAUGUUCGCUUUGCCGGGGUCAGCUAUGGAUGUUUUGGAGAAUAUGGAAGGAGACAACGUGUUGAACCUGUCCAGAAUGAAUCUGGAUACGGUGUCUUUGGAAGACGUCAGCGAAGAAAAGAAAAUCGAGACUCAACAGUUACUGUUGACACACAACAGAUUGACUGUUUUCCCUCGAAGUAUCGCCUGUUUUAGGAACUUACUGUUCCUGGACAUCAGCUCCAAUGGACUGUCCUUCAUCUGCGACGAUAUCCUCGAGCUGACUAAACUUAGGACUUUAAUAGCCAAAAAUAACAGAAUGGACGAAUUCUCCCUGCCCAAGGACUUGGGAAAGAUGGGUUUGGAAGUUGUCAAUUUCAGUGGCAAUCGUUUUGAAGAGGUUCCCUCUCAGCUUCUAGAAUUGCAAAGACUCAAAUCACUUUCACUUGGGGGAAACAGACUUAAAACUAUACCACCAAACAUAGAAAAUUUAACCAGCUUAGAGCUCUUGUAUCUAGGUGGGAAUGGAAUCAUAAUGAUCCCUCCGGAGCUAGCUAACCUGCCAUACCUUAGCUAUCUGGGUUUGUGUGACAACCGAAUCCAGGGCCUUCCACCACAGCUUGCACAGCUGAACUCGCUACGGUCACUUAGUCUUCACAAUAACUUGCUCACAUAUCUUCCUCGAGAGAUCCUCAACCUGGUGCAUCUACAGGAACUUAGCCUACGUGGCAACCCACUUGUUGUGCGAUUUGUAAAAGACCUCCUCUAUAACCCGCCAUCUUUACUUGAGCUGGCUGGCCGGAUUGUGAAAUCCCGUAAUUUAUGCUAUUCGCUGAAAGACAUGCCUGCAAACUUGGUCACCUACUUAGAUUCAGCCAGCAAAUGCCCAAAUCCCAAGUGUGCAGGCGUUUACUUUGACUCUUGUGUUCGUCAUAUCAAGUUUGUCGACUUCUGUGGGAAGUACCGCCUCCCGCUAAUGCACUACCUGUGCUCUCCUCAAUGCUUCUCGCCCUGUAGCUCAAAUUCACAGAGUGACUGCGACUCAGAAGAUGAAUUCAACAUUCCACAGCACCGGAUGCAGAAAGUGCUCCUUGGUUAAAUGUUUAUGGAAAUAAACAAAUCCACUGUAAAGACUGGAUCACUGUAGUCCUGGAACACUUGAAUUUAUCUAAAGCAACUUACCAGGGUUUUGUUGACCACAAUCAUUAUUGCUAUUAUGAUAAUGUUCAGACCUUCACAUCAGCUUUGUGGUAUAAUAGAUUGUACAGUGUUCAUAAUCUUUAGUAUUAUCAUGAACUCUAAAAUAUUUGUACUAAAGCACUAUAUUUUUAUGCCAGUAACUGUGAAAUGUUCUGGUAUUCAUUGAUAUUGGUUGUGGAAAGAGCUAUUUUGAAUAACCAUACUUCUUAAAUGUGUAAAUGCUUUAAUGUGUAAUAAUUACCAAACUUGUAAUCUUCAGUCUGAAAGGCUAUUGUUUGUAUUUGGUGAGAGAAGUUUUUUUACAUAGAGGAUCCUGCCUUUGAGGUUAACAUAUGCUCAGCAGGAGGUAAUUUUUCAUUUUUGACAGACUGGAUCAAAUAGUGGGAGUCAAGUUUUCUGCUUUAAUUGUUGCAGCAUGCUGACUCUGAGAAUUCCAAUUGAGAAACCACCUGCCAAGGAGUUCAAUUAUAAUUGCAGAAAGGGACUUGACUAGUUGGAGUGAUGAAUCCCCAUUUCAAUCCCACUUUGCCAGUUAGCUCCCUGUUCAGAGCUGCGAAACUGAACAUAACACAUUAAAUAAAAGGGCAGAAACCAAGUUUGAAAUGGAAAAACGGGGUAUCUGAUUUAAUCACCUGUAACAAAGACAUGAAAGCAUAUUGUUACACAACUAAUAAACUGCUUAGAAGGUAUUGGACUGUGGUCAUUGUUCAGAUUUAAACUUCUGUUCCUAAGAUUUGUUAUGCAUUCAUAUUUGGUGUUUGAAAAUGUUUGGGUUUUUUUGUAGUUUAGGUAAGGUAUGGAUAGCAAGAGAGUUUUACAACUUUGUUGAUUUACACUGAUGUUUUUAACAAGUCUGCCAGCCUCAUAGCUUUAAUGAGAUGAGAGGCAAUGUCCUUUGCUGUGACUUAUGUAACUAUUUUGUUUAACUUCUGGUAAAUUACAGAAGUUUGUUUGAAGUGUUCUGAGCUUUUUUAAAAAUUUUGCCUUCAUUUUAUCCUGUGCAGUUGAAAUGAAAUGGGCAGGGGGUGUGUGUGGAGAUGGGCUGUUGGGGUUGGGUUUGAGGUUGAUGUUGAUGUCGAGAAUGAAUAAGGGCUUGCUACCCCUGCCUCAAGCUACACUAAUGUUAUUCUACCAGUUAACUGUUUUAAAAAUGUGAUAAAGUGAUGGAAUUCCUCUGAGCUACAGGAUAUAAAUGGGAUAAGAGCCAAGUUCAUUCCAAUGGAAGUGAAUUUAUUGAACACAAUGGAUAUCUAUGUUAACCUGGAUAGUAUGAUGGAAAUUUUGGAAUGAUGAUACCUUCAGGAAAAUGCUGAAGGUAGAAGGCGCAGAGAAUUUUGUUAGGAAUGCAAAACUUUGUUUUGUAGGAAACAUUUAUUCUGUUUGGUUGAAAAUACAGACCAAUAAACAAAAUAAUUAACUAGA